GGUCUGCAAGGACUGCGCCCAGGGUGGUGGGAGCUGCGGUGCGCCUGAGCGCGGCGGCAGCGCCCUCGGAGCGUGGGCUGCCUCGGGUCUCUCGGCAAGGGGCGAGGCCUGGAAAGGAGGUGGAUGGUGCCAGGCGCUUCAGGUGUGCUGCAGAGACCGCAGCGGGAUGGCGGCGUGAAGCAUGCGAUUGAUUGCUGUAUAGUGGGAGCCUUGGGAACCCAGCAGCCCCACCUUCUGCUGCACUUAAGGAACCUGCACUUGAAUCAAGAGCCAUGUGGUCAGCCGAUGAAAUCGCUGGGCUGUGUUACCUGCAUUAUAGGACCAGACUUCCUAAGCAGGGGAAACCAGAUCCAAACAGGGAAUGGACUUCCCUGGCAGCUGUUGUCAAAGUGGAAUCUGCAGCCCAAAGAGAGGCUCUUGAUAGUCCAGGAAACUUGAAGGUAACUAAAGAAGUUGUUGCUAUGGGAACUGGAACAAAAUGUAUUGGCCAAAAGAAAAUGCGAAAAACUGGAGAUAUUCUGAAUGACAGCCAUGCUGAAAUUUUGGCCAAGAGGAGCUUCCAGAGGUAUCUUCUCCAUCAGCUGUGGCUUGCAGCUUCUCAUCAGCAAUGUAUCUUUAGUCCGGGAACUGAAACUGGGAAAUGGAAACUCAAACCAAAUAUCAUAUUUAUUUUCUUCUCCAGUCAUACCCCAUGUGGAGAUGCUUCUAUUUUUCCAAUCAGUGAACCACAGAACCAGUUUUCUAAGCCAGUGACUGGAGGUCAUGCCAUUGGACAAUCAGCAGAAUGCACAAGUAACCGUUAUCACUUGUAUCCAGAAGAUAAAAGGAAAUCAGAGAAGAUGGCAAAUAAUCAUAUAAUCAAGAGAAUGAAAAGUGAUGAUGCUGGUUGUUUUUCCAUAAUCACUGAAGACCUGGCUGUUCAUGAAUCUGUGAAACAAAAAGAUGCAAAUCAAAAGAGCUGUAAAUGUUCUGCAGAGAUGCAAACAGCUAAUGAGACUGGCUUAGUGAGACCAAAGGUAGUAGAUGUUCAUAGAACUGGAGCAAAAUGUGUACCUGGAGAGUUGGAUGAUGCCCGAAUACCUGGGCUGGGGUACCACUGUGUGGGAUUAUUACGAGUGAAACCAGGUCGAGGAGACCGAACAUGCUCUAUGUCCUGCAGUGAUAAACUGGCUCGCUGGAACGUGUUAGGGUGUCAAGGAGCUCUUCUGAUGCAUUUUCUGCAGUAUCCAGUGUAUCUGUCUGCAGUUGUAGUGGGGAAGUGUCCGUAUAGCCAAGAAGCCAUGCGGAGAGCAGUUAUUGAAAGGUGUCAGCACAUCUCAUCUUUACCAGAUGGUUUUCUCACUCAGGAGGUUAAGCUGCUGCAAUCAGAUCUUCAAUUUGAACACAGCCAUCAGGCAAUUCAGGAAGUUCAAAGUAACAGCAAAACAAAGCUUGUUCCUUGCAGUGCAGCUAUCAGUUGGAGUGCAGUCCCUGAACAACCUCUGGAUGUCACCUCAGACGGUUUCCGCCAGGGAACAACAAAGAAGGGGAUUGGGAGCCAUCAGAGCAGAUCCAAAAUCUGUAAAGUGGAACUCUUCCAUAAAUUCCAAAAGUUGGUGAUAAGUAUUUCACAAGAGGAUCUACCAGACACUCUACGGAUGAAGACUCUAAAAACCUAUUGGGACUACAAGGAAGCUGCAUUAAGUUAUCAAGAAGCCUGGAGAGUGCUGCGUAGCCAAGCUCUGCUGGGUUGGGUCAAGAAUGCCGAGGAAUACCUGCACUUCACAUGAGAAUCCAUGUGACUGUGUGAAUCCAGGAAUAAGCUCUGGUCUACAGCAGAUACCUCUGCAGUUCAAGGGCCAGAAAAAUAUGCGCUCUAGUUUAUGUGCUGUAAAGAGACAGGAGUGAAAAGGAAAGCAAUUUAGAGAAUACUUUAUUUUUACUGAGUUGAAUCCCCCUUUUUAUUGAAAUACAGAAAUGGAUCAUUGCUGACUUAAAAUUCUGAGCUGCAUGAAACAAUAUCCCUCCAAAAGGAAAGAAGCAGUGAUGUGCUAUCCUAGUAUCUGAGGAUAUGAUCUACCAGCCAUAUAGUCCCUGCAGUGAAAGUAAUGUCAACUGAAAUUGAAGCAGUACCAUGGAAAAGUUUAGUGCUGCUUUUCUUUUCCACUUCUCAUAAUGUUGUGGUUGUUUUUCUGUUGCUGAAACAACCCUAAUGUAUGGUAAGUAAUACUUUCAUAACUCUGAGCUCUUCUUGUCUGGUGACUGGAAGAAUUUUCUGUGUCCCCCAGCCCCAUUGCUUUAACUAGAAAAACUAGUUCUGUUAAAGUGUCUUUUUUUUCUGGGAAUCUUUCAUAUAUGCUGCUAUUUACUAAACAUAGCCAUAGAUAUCACCACGGCAGAAGCAAAAGCACUGGGGAGGAGUCUGUGUCAAAUAAUACCACUUAUGCUAUCUUGUGCAUCUCAAUUUCAGGACUUUGCCAGAUAACCUUUCAUAUGCUUCUGUAGGAAGGAAAGAAAGCUCCUGAAUGACUUGGUUGAAAUUGGCCGAUCCUAUGUAAUUACAGGCAUACGUUUACCUAUUUUUAAGUGUUGCAAGCACUGUCCAUCUCUGUGCCCCCCCUGUGGGAAAUGGUCAAUUAAAAGCAGAAAUGCCUCAGCCAUUUAUGUCACUGUUCCUUGUGUUCAUUAAUAGCCUGGCAAAGGUGGAGAUGCUUCGAGGUGUACUGAAAGUAGUCUCUGGCAUGUCUCUUCUAGUUCCUUGUCAUUAUGCUUUAUUAGCAACUAACAUCUGAAUGGCAAGACAGUCAACAUUGUGAGCAGUUGUGGAGGAAGCAGUGUGAAAUCUUCCUUCAACCCUCUGUCCCAGGUAUUGCCUUUUAUGAGCAAUUUCAGGAUUGUGUAACUGCUACUGAGCACAUUCCCCUUUUUGUGUUUUUCUCUUGUAAACCACUAUUCAUAAAAUGUUUGGACAAGGCAAUGUCAGGAUGAAAGAAGUGGAUAAUUUAGAACUUAAAAAUU